GAUAGCGGUGUCGGCCAUCUUGAAACCGCGCUCUGAUUCAGGCAACUCUCGGAGACAUUACAGGACCACACUACUCAUUGAUUGACAUCUUAUCUUUCUUUAAGAAGAUACACUGUUUUGUGUCUUGCUUUAACGAAGAAAACAGAUACUUUUGUUUUCUAUUACUCACUUAGCGCUCAAGUAAACUCAGGAUUGUUAAAAUAACCGUUAUGGCGACUGCUACCCCAAGCCGUGAAGCUGGCCGGCCGGCGGCCUCUACACCUCUGUCCCCGACCCGGAUCUCUCGCUUACAAGAAAAACAAGAUUUGCAGCACUUGAACGAUAGGUUGGCCGUAUAUAUCGACCGUGUCCGGGCAUUGGAGCUAGAAAACGACCGGCUGAUGGUGAAGGUGUCUGAGAAAGAGGAGGUGACUACUAGAGAGGUGACAGGACUCAAGUCUCUGUAUGAGGCAGAGUUAGCUGAUGCUCGACGGGUUUUGGAUGAAACUGCUAAAGAGAGAGCCAGGCUCCAGAUAGACCUGGGCAAGUCUCAGGCUGAGCUGGAAGAAGCCACUCGCAGUGCCAAGAAGAAGGAUGGUGAUCUUGCAGCCGCAGUGUCCAGGGCCAGUGCUUUGGAAGGCCAGCUGAACCAGAAUGAAGCUGCUCUUUCUACAGCUCUAAGCCAGAAUGCUGCUCUGACUUCUGAACUGGCUGACAUCAAGAGCCUGCUUGCUAAGGCAGAUGACAGCCAUGCUGUUGCUAAGCGCCAGCUGGAAGCAGAGACACUAAUGCGUGUUGACUUGGAGAACCGCUGUCAAUCACUAAGCGAAGAGCUGGAAUUCAGGAAGAGCAUGUUUGACGAGGAAGUGCGUGAGUCCCGGCGUCGCCAAGAGCAGAGAAUAGUGGAGGUGGACUCUGGAGUCAGGCAGGACUACGAGUUCAAACUGGCACAAGCUUUACAGGACUUACGGAAGCAACAUGAUGAACAAGUGUCUCUUUACAAAGAAGAACUGGAGCAAACCUUCCAGGCAAAGUUGGAUAAUGCCAAGAUGUCCUCAGAGAUUAAUGACAAGGCGAUGAGCACAGCCAGAGAGGAGAUGCAGGAGUCUCGUAUGAGAAUAGAGAGCCUUGGAUAUCAGCUGAGUGCCCUGCAGAAACAGGCAGCUGCGUCAGAGGAUCGUAUCAGAGAGCUUGAGGAAAUUCUGUCAGCAGAGAGAGACAAGCACCGCCGUGCCAUCGAGGGAAAAGAGCAAGAGAUGAGUGAGCUUAGAGACAGAAUGAACGCUCAGCUCAGUGAAUAUCAGGAGCUGCUGGAUGUGAAGCUCGCCCUGGAUAUGGAGAUCAAUGCAUACAGGAAACUGCUGGAAGGAGAGGAGCACAGACUCAAGCUGUCCCCUAGCCCAUCAGCUAGACUCACUGUCUCCAGGAUAACAGGAUCUUCCUCCUCCCGCACCUCCAAGAGGAAGAGAGUGGAGGUAGAGGCUAAAGAUGUGCCAGAAGCUGGAAGAGGAGAGGAGCAGCUGCUGGUGUCAGAAGAGGCCACGGCUAGUGGAGCCGUCACCAUAUCACCCACUGACAUGGAUGGAAAUGCUGUAACACUCACCAAUGAUACUGAGCAGGACCAGCCUUUGGGCAACUGGAGGUUGAAGAGACAGGUUGAUGAUGGUGAUGAGAUCAUCUACAAAUUCUCCCCCAAGUUUGUCCUCAAGGCUGGACAGUCAGUCACGGUGUGGUCUGCAGAUGCUGGCGUUGCCCACAGUCCACCAUCUGAUUUGUUGUGGAAGAGCCAGGCUUCCUGGGGAACUGGAAAUGACCUCAUUACCACUUUGAUCAACGCUGAUGGCGAGGAGGUGGCCAGCAGGAGUGUAACCAAGACUCAGGUGGAAGUAGAGAAUGGAGAAGAAGAGGAGGGAGAGGAACAAACAGGAAAGGUGUCAUCCAGAGAGUGUGCCAUCAUGUGAAGUCUUCUUGUUCUGUUGCUGGCUUUGGUUUCAACAUUAUAUUUUUUAUUUGCCCAGAGCCACUCAGAUAUGACCCUGGUCAUUGCCUCAUUAUUUGAUGUUUUUUAUUGUUUAAGACAAUAUUAGAAUUUUUGGACUAAUGGACUGUUUUUACUGCUCUUGCAUUUCUGGACCUGCUUUAAUAUGAGUAAUUUCUCUAAACAUGACUUGCAAUACCAAUGUGUGUGUAUCAUGCAAAGAUAAUGAGUGAACAUGUGUCACAAUCAUUAACAGUCUGACACACAACAUGUGUCAGACUGUGGUGAGGUAACUGAAUAUUCCCACCCCUACUAACAUUACUCUACCUGUCAAUGAUUGCUUCCACUGGCUGUCUUUCAUUCAUCAGUAAGCAUUUUGGUUUUAUUUUUCAUGCACAGUAGAACCCUAACCCUAACCCUGCACAUAAAUCAACUUAAAGUUUUCAGCCUAAAGAACAUCCCUGUAUAACUCCAACAUUUAGACCCUUUUGACCAAGAGGUCUUGAAGUUUUCCUCAUCUGUAAAUAUAUAUGUCAGUGGUUAUCACAUUUUUCUGUGUCUUUCAUGGAAAGAAGUGAGUGGAAAUGCAGAUGAAACUGCAUUGAUUUUAAAAGCCUGAUGAAAGGAUGCAUUAUGUGAUUGUGUUGAAAAAUGGAUUUCACUGAUCAAAUAUUAGCUUUUGAAACCACUACUGGUUUGCAGUCCUUUGUCAUUUGUUGGGCUUCAAAGCUUAGAUCACCACAAAUGAACUCCCGACCUCUGGAACACACUGCCCCCCCCCCCCCUUAUCAACGCCACACACACACACACACACACACACACCUUUUCUCCCUCUGCCUCAUCUCUGUCCUUCAUUCUUCCCCUCUUCUUUGUUUCUUCAAAGACAGCACCCAAUGAAAUGUGACUUAAUGUGACCUCACUCUUACCUGUGGUGAGUCAGCAGCAGUGGCCAGUUAAUAUCACAUUCUUCUGAACAGUACAGUUUAUUGGAAUAAAACCUUGGAACGAUGAUGUGUAACAGUUACUUAGUAUGUGCAGCAUAUAAAGUCUCGUGUCUUGCCUCCUGUUGACAGUCAGUUCAGGAUUCAUUAUUGUUGCAGUUCAGAUUCAGUUUAGCAUCACCAUCUGAAGAUAAGUGGUGUUCAGGCUCGGUUGCUUUAGUCACUUGAGUCAAGAAAAUGAGCUGCAGCCGCACACAGAGCAGAAACGGGGAAGUGUGCAUACAGACAGGAGAGAAAAGAAAUUGAUGCUUAACUUCAUGUGGUAAUCAUGUCAUGAAAUUAGCACUGUCUGGAAGCACACUACAGAGGGUAGAUGAAACAACUGUCACACAGGAAUGGAUCCACAUGCAUCUCUUGCAUCAAAGAGGUGUUAGGUAAUUAGGUUUACAGCCAUAAACAUGGAUAACUCAUGGUUAUGUGUUAGCUUUUUUAUAAUAACAGUAACCAAGGUUUAUCUGGUGGUGAGUUUCUGGAACCAUGAUACAAUAACAUUGCUGCUCCGAAAAACACUAAGUUGCCAAAUUAUGGCUCAAGUUGUACAGACUGGAUGUGGGUUGGUAUGUUUAUCCUAGUUUGGCUGUUGAAAUAAUGAAAAGAAAAGCUGUCUGGCUGGCUUAAUCGGUCUAAAAUAUUAAACUGACAUGACAUCUAAGUAAACAUAAGGUAAACUGUGAAACAACACUUGUAUGAUGCAUUUGAGAUGAUAUUCAGAUGGUUGCAUUAUCUUUAUAAUCUUGUUAUUUUUGGAAUUGCAGUACAUUGUAUGGGAGUUGCUCUUAUUGUUUAUACACCUUGUGUGCCAUCUCUGAAAACUCUAUUUCUCUUGUAUGUUUGUAUUCUGUGUGUUACAUUGCUAGUUAUUUUUCUGUAGAGUUUGGUCAAUGUAAUCUGUUUGUUUACAUGAAAUACUUCAAUUAUUAGCUUGUGUUUAGGAGCUCUGGGGUGAUUAAGGUUGGGUGUAAUCCGAAGAGCAUAAAAUCCGAUUCCUGCGUGGCCAAACUGCCAUUUACCAUUGACCCCACGUUUAAUAUAACGUCAUUUUGUAUUUAUCCUCUUAAUCUGAAAUAG